GGUAGCAACCGUCGCUGGGAGGGGGCGCGGCCAGAUCCUCUGGGGCGGCGCUCCUCCCUCCCCACCCCGUGCCCGGCUGCUGCUGCUGCUGAGGGGCGGGAAGGGCCAGUCGAGAAGCGGCCGGCCGAGAAAUGCAAAGCUGUCAACGCAAUGGACCUGCCAUCAGGAGCCGAAUCAGUUGUUGUCUGUGUGGAAGGGAUGACGUGCAGUUCUUGUGUGCAGACCAUUGAGAAGCAUGUUGGAAAACUGAAUGGAGUUCAUGAUAUUAAAGUUUCGCUGGGAGAUAAGAAUGCAGCCAUUAUUUACAAUCCUAAACUGCAAACUCCAGAGGCACUAAAGGAAGUUAUAGAUGACAUGGGAUUUUCUGCUGCUGUUGCUGAUACGAACCCCCAGCCCAUUUUACCGGACACUCUUUUUCUUACAAUUCCAACUCAAUCCUCUUUAACAUGUGAACAGAUCCAUACCAACCUCCUGAAGACCAAAGGCAUCUUGGAUGUGAAAACCUCUUUUGACAAAAAAUCUCUGGUUGUAACGUUUGUGUCUUCAGUUAUAAACAGCGAGCAGGUCAGUCGAAGAGUACAAGACGUAUGUUCAGCUAACACAGCCAAUGAGAGUAAUCCAGAAAGGCACGAAGAUUUGAGCUUGCCCCAGCCCAGUGAUGUUGCGCUCAGGAUGAAAAUAGAGGGAAUGACGUGUCAUUCCUGCACUAGUACCAUUGAAGGAAAGAUUGGCAAAUUACAAGGAGUUACCCGAAUUAAAGUUUCCCUGGACUCUCAGGAAGCUGUGGUGGUAUUUCAGCCUCAUCUCAUCACGGCAGAGGAAAUAAAAAACCAAAUUGAAGCUGCAGGUUUUAAGGCAUCUAUUAAAAAACAGCCCAGGGCCCUCAAACUAGGUGCUAUUGAUGUAGAGCGACUGAAGAACAUUAAUACCAAAGGCUCGGAAAGAGCUCCGCCAGAAAGCCCAGAACACGUGCACUGCUUAAAUUCUGUGGAAUUCAGGGUCGAUGGCAUGCACUGUAAUUCGUGCGUCCUCAAUAUUCAGAGUGCCAUAUCAGCGCUCCCCGCUGUAACCAGUAUAAUAGUUUCUUUAGAGGACAAAUCUGCAGGUGUAAAGUAUAAUCCCAGCCUAAUCAGCAUCAGUGCACUGAGAAGAGCCAUAGAAUCCGUAUCUCCAGGGACUUUUAAGGUCAGCCUUCCUGAUACGGCCGAAAACACUGAACUCUUGAACACACCUCAGUCUCCACUGAAGUCUCCUCUGCAAGAUGUCAGUAGCACCCUGCAUCCCCUGAUGACCACCACUGUGAUAAAUAUAGAGGGAAUGACCUGCAAUUCUUGUGUGCAGUCUAUCGAGGGUGUAAUUUCCCAGAAACCAGGUGUGAAGUCAAUAUGUGUCUCACUUCUGCAUCGUAAUGGGACAAUAGAAUAUGACCCUAUGCUGACCUCGCCAGAUGACUUGAAAAACGCGAUUGAGGACAUGGGUUUCGAUGCAUCCUUAACAGUGCCAGCGAGUUCAGACCCUGUCACUUUUCAGACUCAACCCUCACAGGAAAAGCUGGCAGAGACUCAGGAUAACAAAUUCUCCAGCGUGGAACUUCACUCCAAACUGUCACCCGCUCACCACAAGCAGGAAUCAAAGGAGCCGUCCAAGUGUUACAUUCAAGUCACCGGCAUGACGUGCGCUUCAUGUGUAGCAAACAUUGAAAGGAAUCUGAAGAGAGAAAAUGGAAUAUACUCUGUACUUGUCGCACUGAUGGCUGGCAAAGCAGAAGUGCGGUACGAUGCUUCUGUCAUCCAGCCGUCAUCUGUUGCGGAAUUGAUUCGAGAACUAGGAUUCGGUGCUACAGUUUUGGAGAACUACGGCGAAGGAGAUGGCAUUCUGGAACUUGUUGUGAGAGGAAUGACAUGUGCCUCGUGUGUUCACAAAAUAGAAUCCACGCUUAUGAAAAAGAAAGGGGUUUUGUAUGUCUCGGUGGCUCUUGCAACCAACAAAGCCCACAUCAAGUAUGACCCUGAGAUUGUUGGCCCGCGGGAUAUAAUACAGAUCAUACAGAAUGUAGGGUUUAAUGCUUCCCUAGUAAAAAAGGACAGAUCUGCCAGUCACUUAGACCACAAGCAAGAAAUAAGACAAUGGAAGCGGUCUUUUGUCAUCAGCUUGAUCUUCUGCAUCCCUGUAAUGGGGCUCAUGAUUUACAUGAUGGUUAUGGACAGCCACUUGUCAGCAAUGCACAAACAACCAAACGUGACCCACGAGGAAAUAGAAGCUUAUCACUCAUCGAUGUUCCUGGAGCGCCAGAUCUAUCCCGGAUUGUCAGUGAUGAAUUUGCUCUCCUUUUUACUGUGUGUCCCUGUACAGUUGUUUGGAGGCUGGCAUUUCUACAUCCAAGCAUACAAAGCUCUGAAGCAUCGGGCUGCCAAUAUGGAUGUCCUGAUCGUCUUGGCAACCAGCAUUGCCUUUGCCUACUCCUUGGUGGUUCUUGUGGUUGCCGUGUUUGAGAAGGCGAAGGUCAAUCCAGUUACGUUCUUUGAUACACCGCCAAUGCUCUUUGUCUUCAUUGCGCUGGGGAGGUGGCUGGAGCACGUGGCCAAGGGUAAAACGUCAGAAGCCCUCGCAAAAUUAAUUUCACUGCAGGCGACAGAAGCCACUAUUGUUACCUUAGGCCCAGACAAAAGCCUUGUGAGUGAAGAGCAAGUUGAUGUUGAACUAGUUCAGCGUGGUGACAUUGUCAAAGUGGUCCCGGGAGGCAAGUUUCCAGUAGACGGUCGUGUUAUCGAAGGACAUUCUAUGGUGGAUGAAUCGCUCAUCACAGGUGAAGCGAUGCCUGUGACUAAAAAACCCGGGAGUACAGUCAUUACAGGUUCCAUUAAUCAGAAUGGGUCCCUCCUGAUCUCCGCAACUCACGUCGGAGCUGAUACAACUCUUUCCCAGAUCGUCAAACUGGUGGAAGAAGCACAGACCUCAAAGGCCCCAAUUCAGCAGUUUGCAGACAAACUUAGUGGCUACUUCGUUCCUUUUAUUGUUGGUGUUUCUGUGGUCACGCUUUUUGCCUGGAUAGUGAUUGGAUUCGUGGAUUUUGAAAUUGUGGAAACCUAUUUCCCUGGAUACAAUAAGAGCAUUUCCAGGACAGAAGUGAUCAUCCGUUUUGCUUUCCAAGCCUCCAUUACCGUGCUGUGCAUUGCCUGCCCUUGUUCACUGGGAUUAGCAACCCCAACAGCUGUAAUGGUGGGCACUGGUGUCGGAGCCCAAAAUGGCAUCUUGAUCAAAGGUGGGGAGCCGUUAGAGAUGGCACACAAGGUGAAAGUGGUGGUUUUUGAUAAGACGGGGACCAUCACUCAUGGGACUCCGGUGGUUAUGCAGGUCAGGAUACUUGUGGAGAGUAACCGGAUGCCACGCACUAAGCUUUUGGCAUUAAUCGGGACUGCAGAGAGCAACAGUGAGCACCCGCUGGGAACAGCUGUAACGAAAUACUGCAAACAGGAAUUGGACACAGAUGUCCUUGGCACUUGUACUGAUUUCCAGGUGGUCCCAGGCUGUGGCAUUCAUUGCAAAGUCACCAAUAUUGAUGCCUUAAUACACAGAAGUGAGAGCAUUGAAGAAAACAACGUCAGAAAUGCAGCUUUUGUGAAAAUGGAGGAGAAGGUGGAGGAAUCAAUGCAGCCUGCCUUGAUUAUUGACGAAGAGCUGCCAACCACAUGGAAUUCCCAUAAGUAUUCUGUUCUCAUUGGCAAUCGGGAAUGGAUGGCGAGGAAUGGUCUUCUUCUAAAAAGUGAAGUGGAUAAUGCUAUGACUGAGCAUGAACGCAGAGGCCGAACUGCUGUUCUUGUAGCUGUGGAUGGGGAGCUUUGUGGCUUGGUGGUGAUUGCGGAUACUGUGAAACCAGAAGCGGAGCUGGCCGUCCACACUUUGAAGACAAUGGGCUUAGAGGUCGUUCUCAUGACCGGCGACAACAGCAGAACAGCCCGGUCUAUUGCUUCCCAGGUUGGCAUCACGAAGGUGUUUGCAGAAGUGCUUCCUUCCCACAAAGUAGCUAAAGUGAAGCAGCUGCAGGAAGAAGGGAAGCGGGUAGCGAUGGUGGGGGAUGGCAUCAACGACUCCCCUGCCCUUGCCAUGGCCAACGUUGGGAUUGCCAUCGGCACCGGCACUGAUGUGGCCAUUGAGGCAGCUGAUGUGGUUUUGAUUAGGAACGAUUUGCUGGACGUGGUGGCGAGUAUAGAUUUAUCAAGGAAGACUGUUAAAAGGAUACGGAUCAACUUUGUCUUUGCUCUCAUUUACAAUCUCAUUGGAGUUCCUGUAGCGGCUGGCGUCUUCCUCCCCGUCGGUUUGGUUCUGCAGCCGUGGAUGGGCUCUGCAGCCAUGGCAGCCUCCUCCGUCUCCGUUGUGGUGUCCUCUCUUCUGCUGAAAUUCUACAAGAAGCCUACCUUUGAGAAUUAUGAACUGCGUGCCCGUGGUCAGACACGGCUGAAAAGCCCUUCAGAAAUCAGCGUCCACAUUGGAAUCGAUGAAACUGCUCCGGGGUCGCCCAAAUUGAGUCUGAUGGACCGUAUCCUCAACUACAGCCGAGCCUCGAUAAACUCUCUCCUCUCCGACAAGCGAUCUCUCAGCAACAUAGUCCUCAGUGAGCCAGACAAGCAUUCGCUUCUCAUUGGGGACUCCCAGGAAGAAGAUGACACCGUUGUCUGAAAAGACACUCUCUGUGGAGUGGGCGGAGCCUCCCUUUGUGUGCUGACCAAUCUCUCGUGAAGGUUGGCCCAGCUGUAUUUUUAAGUGCUUUUUAAAACUCACACAUUUUCUUGGGGAUUAAUUGCCCACUUGGACGGGGACGUUGGUUUUCAACAUGCACACAUCUAACUCAGAACAUAGACCGUAUCUGCACUGCUUUGCCAGUAUUACCCUUCAGAGCAAAAACAGAAUGCAGCCGCAUGUCCCGGAAGUCAAAGCUGGGCUCCUACGCUGAGCUGUCACUCAAAUUAUUGUCUGAUGAAGACACCACCAUUUGGGGGUGUGGCCGUGGUGCUGCCGGCACGUGGCUCUUGGCUGUUUCUUGGCAUGUUGCUUGGCAUUUAGAGUGUCGAUGACGAUGCCUACAAUUAGUGGACACUUUUUAGUAGACAGAUGUGCCUUAUUGCAGAACAUUCAGGAUUCCUCUUCCUCACCUUGUGAAAGGGAGUCAGAAGAAAGGUUUGUCCUUGGCAUGGACAGAAAAAAGAGAAUCCCUGUUUGGGUUCUCUCCCAUUUUGCACUCCUCCCGAGGGCACUCCACGUGCAGGCGGGGAGUCUGGGGUUUCUGCUCCCGGCUCAGCCUCUGCCUUAUCAGAAAGUAAGCUAUGAAGGCUGUUCCCCAUCCUCCUUUUCCAUUCGUGUGACUUGAAAGAGGAAGGGAAUCAAGACAAUGGGAUGUUGCUUAGUUCUGUAGUUUGUGACCAGGCAGACGUUAUCAGAGACUGUUUGGACGUUACAAGGAGAGCCCCCUCCCCCUGCUCCUUCGGGUUGCUUCCCUUCCUGCAUCUUGAGCACACUCAAACACGGCAGGCAUCAAACCUCCUGCCUUCUUUUUUCUCUGAGCGAUGGAUGACGGGGCUGAUUCCACCUUCCUUCUGCCAGCUCCCCAGUCCAUUCCGCUGUUUGGCCACACGAGUCCUGUAGCCUCAGGAGCAAUCCUUCCAGGGUCAAAGCAACCGUGGGUG